UUACGAAAAUUGCAGAUGCGCGUUAUUUCUUCAACCUUUUCUUGGUUUGCGUACAAGCGAAAGCAUCUCUCCUGCCAGUUUUUUUCUCUUCUUUCUCCUCCUUAAUGGAUUUGGAUAUGCCCUUUUCUUUACCAGAGCUUUGACUUUGAUCUUCGCCGUCCUCGAUCUGAGAAUUUAAACGAAUUCAAGCCUAUAUUUGGGAUUUGGGCAUUGGGAUUGAGGAUUUCUUGUAUUUAUGAAGUGAUAGAAUCUGUGUUCAGAGAGUUAGGGUUUAGGGAGAGAGAGCAUGAUCGUUUACUUGUUUGAUCUCUCUGUGAAUAGGGUUCGGGUUUUUGGGUUGUAGCAUGUGAAAAAGUGAUGGGGUCUCGAAAGCGUGCUUCUCGCUCAUCUGGCAGCACAUCGUCGUCUGAACACACGGAGGAAUCCAUUGCCGGUGGGCAUCGUUGGUUUUGAUGGUUUACUGCUGAUAUUUUAUUAUAUUAAAUAUGACUUCGGAAGAAGCACCAAAUGGACUUGGAAAAUCUUACGCUGACAAAAAAUCCAUUCAAGACCUUGAAGCUUUUUUUUUUGGCAACUGUGCAAUAUCUGAUGCAAUCAAUAGCUUAUGUUUUUACGAAAGGAGUUUGGUUAAUUCUUUUGAUAAUACUGGGAGUGUUUUUUGUGCUCCUCCUCUUGACAGUGAAUGGACCUCAUGAGAAGCAUCUUCAGGAAGCUCUGGCCUAUCUCCGGUUUGGACUGUGGUGGGUGGCACUUGGUGUGGCAUCAUCCAUUGGACUGGGUUCUGGCUUGCAUACAUUUGUGAUCUACCUGGGACCCCACAUUGCGUUCUUUACAAGAAAAGCGAUGCAGUGUGGCCGAGUUGAUCUCAAGUCUGCUCCUUAUGACACCAUACAAUUAAAGAGAGGCCCUUCAUGGCUUAUAAAAGAUUGUUCUGAAUAUGGCCCACCAAUUUUUCCAUCCCUGAGCGACUCACUUAUACGAGUUCCACUUAGCAGUAUAUUGCCUCAGGUCCAAUUGGAAGCCAUUCUGUGGGGCAUUGGAACUGCUCUUGGGGAGCUUCCUCCUUAUUUUAUCUCCAGAGCAGCACACAUGUCAGGUAGCAAAUUGGAAGCUAUGGAAGAAUUAGAUAAAGAAUUGGAUGCUUCUUCAAAAGGACAUGAUGGAAUCAUAUCAGCGUAUCUGACAAAAAUUAAGCGCCGGCUACUCUCACACGCACAGCAUUUGAAUUUCUUUUCUAUCCUAGUACUUGCUUCGGUGCCAAAUCCAUUGUUCGAUCUUGCAGGUAUCAUGUGUGGGCAGUUUGGGAUUCCUUUUUGGGAGUUCUUUUUCGCCACUUUGAUAGGGAAGGCAAUCAUCAAGACCCACAUACAGACGGUUUUCAUCAUCUCAAUUUGUAAUAAUCAACUUCUGGAGUGGGUGGAGAAUGAGCUGCUAUGGGUGCUGAGCCUGAUACCUGGAAUGUCCUCUAUUCUGCCUGAACUCCUUGCCAAGUUGCAUAAGAUGAAGGAUAAGUAUUUAACAGCUCCUGUUGCUUCAAAUAUUAAGGGGAAGCGAUGGGAUUUGUCCUUCACAACAAUCUGGAACACAUUCAUCUUGCUCAUGCUUAUGAACUUCUUUGUGAAGAUAGUGACUGCUACAGCACGAAAGUUUCUCAAAGAGCAACAGGAGAGGGAGAUUGCCCUCUUGACAGAGGAGCCGUUGUCAAAACUUUCCAAUGGUACAACCAAAUGAGUAUAUGUUUAGAAAAUCUCUGUUUUCCGUUUUUAGGAGCCCAACUAUUGAUAACUCGGUGAUAGUCAAAUAUCACUGUCACCAUACAAGCCCAAAUCCCCCUGAUUUGUGCUACAUAGAAACCAUAGAAAAGGGCAAAGAGGGCAAAAAAAUGGAUGCGCUUCUUUUGUGCUUGCUGGGUUUUUGGUAGUUCAGCGUCUAUUUAAGAGCCACGAAUUUGACAUUUUCUUGUUGGGGAUUAAAUUUAUUGAAUGGGGCUUUUGUAAUAUCAUCCAUUUGCAAUAUGAAUUUCCAUUUCUCUGUUGGGCU